GCCCGGCGUCUCCCGACUCGGGCCUGCGCAGGCCAGGUGCGCGGCGCCUCCAUCUUGGGAGGGAGCCCGCCCGUCCCCUCCGCGCCCCGCGCCCCGCGCUCGCAGCCUUUACACCCGACCGCGGUCGUCCCGGAGCUCGGACGCCUCGCGCGCCCGCAGCCACCUCGGGACAGAGACCAAAGAGGGAUUGCCAGGCAGUGUUGAGGCCACUGGAGAUUUGGAUGGUCUGUUGAGUUAUUUCAUUUUUGUCAUACUCAACAUCUCAGCAGUCAGAGUGGAGAGGAUGGCAUUUCCUGUGGAUUUGCUGGAUAAUUGCAGUCAUGAGGAAUUGGAAAAUUCUGCUGAAGAUUACAUGUCAGAUUUAAGAUGUGGGGACCCUGAAAAUCCAGAGCGUUUCCCUCUUCCCAGUAUAACGAUUCCUAUUCGCCUGUCAAAUGUAGGCUUUGUGCCUCUUUAUGGUGGAGAUCAGACCCAGAAAAUUCUUGCUCUUUUUGCUCCUGAGGAUUCACUCACAGCUGUGGCUCUUUACCUUGCUGAUCAGUGGUGGGCUAUUGAUGAUAUUGUGAAAACAUCUGUUCCAGCUAGAGAAGGACUUAAGCAGGUGAGCACUCUUGGGGAGAGAGUGGUUCUGUAUGUUCUGAACCGCAUUAUUUAUAGAAAACAGGAAAUGGAGAGAAAUGAGAUCCCAUUCCUGUGUCAUAGCAGUACUGAUUAUGCUAAGAUUCUGUGGAAGAAAGGAGAGGCCAUUGGGUUUUAUUCAGUUAAGCCUACAGGAAGUAUGUGUGCUUCGUUUCUUACCCAGAGUUACCAGCUGCCAGUUCUUGAUACCAUGUUUGUAAGAAAGAAAUACCGAGGCAAAGAUUUUGGGCUUCAUAUGCUGGAAGACUUUGUUGAUUCUUUUACAGAAGAUGCACUUGGUUUGCGGUACCCUCUGUCUUCUUUCAUGUACACAGCUUGCAAACAAUACUUUGAAAAGUAUCCAGGAGAUCAUGAACUCCUUUGGGAGGUUGAAGGUGUUGGACAUUGGUACCAGAGAAUACCAGUCACCAGAGCAUUACAGAGAGAAACACUGAAAAUGACAGCAAUUUCUCACAGUGAAGCAAAAAGACCUGUCUCUGGAGAAUAUGGUCUUGCAAAUAUUCCGGAAUAUGAAGCAGGAACCGAAGACAAUCAGUCUAAUGAGAUGCAGCUAACUAUUGAUUCUCUGAAAGAUGCCUAUGCAAGCACUUCUGAAGGUCUUGAAAAAACACUUGCUUCUACUCGUACCCGGGGCAGUCAUUUAAAGCGUCCAAAGAUUGGAAAACGAUUUCAGGAUUCUGAAUUCACUAGUUCUCAAGGUGAAGAUGAAAAAACUGCCCAGACUUCACCUGCAGCUUCAAUAAAUAAAUUGGACUGCACUGUGCGCACAUCAGAGAGUUCAGAAGACUUCCUGGGAGAAGACCCAGAGCAGAGAGUGACUGAUUUUGAGGAUGAAAGCAGUGAUAAAGAUGCACGGCCCGUACCUGAAACACAGCCACAUUCAGAGAAGCAAGAUGGUGAAAAAGAUUCUGAAUUGGAGCCUAUGAAUGGUGAGAUAAUGGAUGAUACUCUUAAGACCUCACUUGUAACUGAAGAGGAGGACUCCGGUAGUGAAGAAGAAGAAUUAAAAGUGCAGUCUGCUAAUUCCAGUGAAGACACUGCAAAUAGCGUUCCAGUGGCAGAGUCUGCAAACCCCUCUGAGACUGGGACACUGGAUAAAACCUCACUCAUAGCUGAGCCAGAAAUGUUGAUAGCCCAAGUUCCAUCUGAUGACAGGGCGCACAAUGAAGAGAAACUGCCCCUAGUUCCAAGAAAGAAAACACAUUUGGGGAAUUCAGACAUUGUUGAAGAACGAGCUGACAGUGGCUUUCCGAACUCUGUGAUAGCUGAAUUUUCUGAAGAACCAGUCUCAGAGAAUUUAUUACCCAACACUACUUCAUCAGUGGAAGACCAGGGUGAGGAGGGGCCUGAGUCCCGGGAAACCUCUACUGCUCUUUCUCAGAGUUCUUUGAUAGAGGUGGAACUUGAAGAUGUGCCAUUUUCACAAAAUGCAGGACAGAAGAACCAGUCAGAGGAACAGUCUGAAGCAUCAUCGGAGCAACUGGAUCAGUUUACACAGGCGGCAGAGAAGGCUGUGGAUAGUAGCUCAGAGGAGAUGGAAGUGGAAGUCCCUGUGGUGGACAGGCGGAAUUUAAGAAGAAAGGCCAAAGGGCAUAAAGGACCUGCUAAGAAGAAAGCCAAGCUGACCUGAGUGAAGAAGAGAUGCGUAUGAUAAACCUACUUCUUUGUAACAUAAUUGUUUUUUAAAUACUGUAAUUAAUAAAUAGCAUGGGGUGCAGGAGAAAAAUUUCCAGAAUUUCAAUUUGAACUUAUUUACAAUGCAUUUUUCUCUUCCCUUUAGGAUCUGAGAUUCAACCUCUUUUUAAUUUUUCAUGCUUUGUGUAAAUACAGUUUUUUAUUUUUAUUAAUCAUUUCAAUUUUGGAAACCCAGAUCAUAUUAUAUUUUUCUUUAGCAGGUGGAACAUCUGACCAUUAGUAUUUCAAAAAAUACAAAUUAAAAAGACUGAGAAAGUAGUUGGCUUUUUGUUACUUGGAAGGAUCACAAGUCUUUGUGAAAACUUGCAGAUGGUCUGUCAAAACUACUCACCAGUUUUUAAAAUGUAGGGAUUUCUGAACAGAAAUAAGUGUUAGUAAGUUACAAUUACAACCUUAAGUAAAUGAGAGCAUAAAAAUGGAAGUUUAUCCUUGAAGGUUUAUGAAGGUAUUUUGGUUUUGUAGAUCCUCUUGUAGAGGGAGUAUCUUCCUUCAACUUCAGUGUCUGUGGAAAGAUACAUAAAAAUCGAUUUUCCAACUUCGUAUCAUCUAACUGUGGCAUAUGGGCACAUUAUCUAAAAUUCCAUUUAUAGUAUCAGUUUGCUGUCAUUUUUAAAAAAAAAUCUCUGCAUAUUUGCAGAUGCUUCGAAGUUUAAGGAGUACACUUUCAAUCACAUAAACAGCCCAGAUAAUGAAAUUUAGGUAUAUAGUUUAACAUGGACCUUGUGGUCCUGAUCACAGAUGAAUUAAGCCAGAGAUGCUUUGUUCCCAACUGAUUAAUAUCUAUAUGUCAGAAGUGUGAGUCCCAUCCAAAGCCUCCUUAACCCGACUCCUGCCCAAAUUCUGUAGUCUUAUUUCCUCCUCAGCUUUCAUUGUCCCUGAUUCUCCUGGCAGGUCUACUCGGCAGCGUAUGCCUUGCUCUCUCUUCUUGGGUAGGUUUGGAGUGUACCCCCCAGCCUUAGAUCUGCAUGGCAGGAGUAAAGCUGCCCUAGGAGCUAUAAUUACAAGAGCUUAAUUCAAAUUAGAGGGAUUUGUUGUCCAUUUGGUCUUGCUCACUCUAGAUUUGUUGUACUGGUUGUAACCUUGCCUGUGUGUGUAAUUUGUGUUGCCAUAGCAGAAGUAUUUAUUUGGUUAGGAAAACUUGGGGAAAAAAAAUCCCUAAAAUGUUUUUGCACAGUAAUGUGUUUUAAAACCAGCAAAAUUCUAGAGUCCAGAAUCUCGGAAAGCUCUUUGGCAGUAUGACAUAUACUUAAUUUGCAAUUAAGUUGGAGAAUGUUUUGAGCCCAUUUCAAUUUGUGUUUGAAACAGCUUGCUCUUGAUCUGUAUAUGAAAGGAAUAUGUUAGACUUUCAUUAUUUUGAAUGCUAUGGAUUUAUGUGGAAGAUUUAUUUCGCCUUCAGUCAGGUGCUAUAAUGUCUACAUUUUAUUUUGGGAUAUUAGUAUUAGAGAAGGUCUUAGUUAAAAUCUUUAAGCAAGCAAAAUAGUACACCCUUUAAUUCCUAUUAGGCGGGGCUGGGGAUUUAGCUCAGCUGCACAGCGCCUGCCUGGCAAGCGCAAGGUUGUGAGUUCGAUUCCUGGUAUGGAGGAAAAACACAGGUCUUGAACAGCUCUAUCUUAUUGAUCAGCAGAAGUGAGGUUUUCAUAAAGUGAAAAUUAAGGUAUUUUGGCCAUGUUUUCUCAGUAAAUAACUAGUGCUAGUGAGUCUAUUAAAUAUCCUUGCUGUUCUAUAUAUUGAGAAACUUGUUAAUAUCACAAGUAAAUAACAUUCAAAUGUAGAAAAUUCUUUUCCAUUUUUCAUUUAUUUAAAAACUUAAGACAUUUUACUCAGUUUUUAACUCAUUCUGUAAAUUUUUCUUUAGGUCUUUUAAAAAGAUUACACUGAUAACUUGGUGUGUAAUAGUUUGAAAAAAUGAUUCAUAUGUGACAAUUAGGGCUAACAGUAUAAAUUUAGGUUUGGUUUAAACAGAGUUUUGAGCAAUUUUAACUUUCAGCACAAAAUUUUGCAUAUUGUAUCUGACAGAAAGUAUCUUUGGGUUUUAAGAUCUCAGAGGAGAAAAUCUGGGUCACAUGCAAAAGCCUAACACAUUAACUUAUUAAAAAUUUACCCACAAUAGGGAGUCUAAUCAGAUACUUGCAGUUUUGCAAGGCAGUAGUGAAUUGGGGACUGCAGUGUGAUUUCAGCCAGCUCAUCUAGUUGUCAAGUGUUCAGUCACAUUCUACAGUCCUCUGUGAACUGCUAUUUUCUGUUGUCUUGUUUACAGAAAAGGGCAUUCACUUUUUCUGUACAUACAUAUAUAUUUCCUUAUGUAAUAUAACACAGAUGGUUAUUAGCAGAAUUUUAGUUCUACUAUAUUUAAGAACUUAUUAUAAUAAAGCUCCUCUACAACUUUUAAAGGUGAGAGGUUCUAUUAUGAUUUUUUAAUAAAAUCAAACAGCAUGACUUAGAAUGUCAGUCUUCUACUUAAAAUGUGUCUAUAUUCAUGUUGUUUCCAUUCAGUGCAGACAUGGUAGAGUAACACUAGUCAUUAACGGUUAGUUUACUUCUAGCAGACUACCAGAGCACUGCCUAAACAUGGUUUCAGCAACUUUAGAAAAGUACCUUGAAGGGUGAUAAAUUGUAUCCACUUGAGCCUUUAACUAAUAUGCAAACAUCUGCUCUUACAGUGGGCUUUCUCCUUUGGGAUACCAUCUAAGGUUUGGUCACACCAGCAAACUGCAAGAUUUCAAUGUAAAUAAAGAAUUUAUAUUAAUAUUACUCAUCUGUGUAACAGUAUUUUAGAAACAGAUUUGUUUUUUUUAUGUCCACUAAUAGCAAUAUGGUGUUUAUGGUGUGAUCCAGUCUUUCAUAGGUGAAAAUUACUACAAAUGUGAUGGUUUUCAUACUGAACAUCAAGCUUCCUUUGUACAAAAUGGCUUAUUUUUGCUUUUAAAAAAUAAGCAAACCUCAUUUCUGUAGUGUUCAGUGAUUACCUGGUCAGUUUCUUCUUUUACAUUUUAGAAUUAAGUAAUUCACACAUUACCCAUUUUUAUUAGUGGCAAAAUAAUUUGCUAAAAUCUAAUUGUAAAAGAAAGGUUCAGCUUCUACCAAGUGAUUCUAUCAUAUUGGAUCAUCAUUUCCAAGAACUAUUAGUCCUCUAAGUGUCUGUGUAUGUUCUAAAACUUCAACUAUGUUUCUAGAACUUAGAAAAAAGUACAUUAUACAAAGUAGCAAAUCUUACCUGAGUAGUUAUUUUUGUUUUCUUGGUACUUUUUUUUAAAGUUUAAACGUGUAAUUAAACUUAUAUUUUGUGAUUGUUUUUUUGGUCUGUGUUUUGAAAUUCUUUCCCCUCUUUUUCCCAAUUACAUUCAUACGAAAAUAUGCUUAGAUACUGAAUUUGUUUAGAAAUUGAAUGAUUUUGUUAAAGGCACAGUUAAUCAUACUGGUUGUACUUUGAAGACAGACUUUAAAAAUAAAAAGAAUUUAAAGUA